AUGAAUUUAUAAAAUUAUAAUAGGGAGGGUAGGAAUUACUAAACUGAGAGAGUUCGAUAAAUAUCUCCAUCCUCGAAAUUAAUGCAUCUCAGUAAUUAAGAAAUUAGCUUUUAUGUUUCUAAGUAUGGAGAUCCAUAAGAAAAUUCAAAAGAUGCUAAAAACACAUAAUAUUUUAUGUCAUUAAUUUAACCCUUACUAGAGGAGAAUUAUUAACUAAAAGAUACCAUAUUAAAUCUUACUGAAGCCUUGAAAUGUAAAAUUGAUUUAAUUAUUAUAGUGGAUAAAGAACUUCUAUUAGAAACAAUCAGUUAAAUAAUUAAAGAUAAAAAUUUAUCAUCUUAAAGCACAAUUAGUGAAAUCUUAUCAUAAUUAACAAUUUAUGUAAAAAAAGAUAGAGACUAUACAUUAAAAUUAGAGUUGUUAGUUGAAUAAAAGGAUCUUGAGAUCUUGUAAUUGUAAUAGGAAAUUGAAAACAAUAAAAAAUGGAAAAUUUAAUUUAUUGAAGAAAAAAAUUAGGAGGUCGAAUCUAGAACAAGCAGAUUUUUUUUUUAAAUGGAUUAGUUAAAAGAAACAAAUCAAAAAUUAUAAUAAUAAAAUAAAGAGUCAUAAGAUUUAUUGAAUUCAGAAUAAUAAUACUCUUAAAAGUUAAAUGAAUAGCUUUAAAAGAUUAUUGAUGAAUUCAACAAAUCUUAAUAGUAAAAAUAAGAAGUAUUAUUUAAAAUAAAAAUUAGUUACAAUUAUAAUUAAGUAUUGCAGAAAGAUAAAUACAAUAAGAAAAAUAAGACAGUUAAAAAAGAUUAAAUGAUCAAAUCAGUUCAUUACAUAGAGAUCACCAUCAAUAAAUAGAAUAAAUAAAAAGUAAAAAAUUUUAAAAAGUUUUAGUUGAGUAGAUGAGUUUAGUAAACGAUUUGAAAAAAUAAAUAUAAAAUUAUUAAGAGGAAAUAAAGAAUUUAGAAUUAAGUUAUACGGCAUCAUUAGAUAAAAAUCUAAAUGAGAUUAAAGUAUUAUAAUUUUUAAUGAUUUAGAGAUUAUAAAAUUAAAUUUAAAUUUCAGAAAAAUAAAUAUCAGUUUAUAAACAAUAAGAAUUAGCUAAUUUAGAUAAUUUAAGUAAAAUUAUGAUGGAAAAGAGAGAUAAGGAUUCAAAAUUAAAGAAUUUAAACUUAAUUAUACUUGAAAAGGAUAAAUAAAUUGAUAAUUUAACUUUAGAUGUUUUAUAAUUGAAAUCAAAAUUAGAAUAGGCUGAAUUGAAAUGUACAUAGUAAAUUACAAAAUACAAGUAAAUAAUUAAAUUUAAUUAGAUUAAAAUAUAAGGAAAAAACUUAAGAAAAGAUCUUUGAAGCAAAGAAGGAUUUAGAACAUAAAAUAGUAACUAUUGAAUAAGAAAAAAAAAAAAUUUGUGAAGAUUUCAAAUAAUAAAUAAUUGUUUUAGAUGUCUAAAAAACUUCGCUAGUAAAAGAAUGCAAAGCUGACAAUGAAAAAUUGAGAGAUGAAAUUGAAGAUUUAGAAUUCAAAUUAAAAGAUUUAGAUAAUAUGUGGGAUUUUAAAUAUGCAAAAUUAAAAAUGGAACAUGAUAGAUUAAAACUUGAAUUAGCGUAAUAUUAAUGA